CAACUUUCUGGCAACGCUGCAAGCAGCUGGUUCUCCGUGGACUGCAUGGUUGCUAUUGUUGGUGCUUACAUAACGUUCAAUGACUUCCGCAGCAAAAAUCGUUGGUACACCAAAAAGGAGCUUGUGGGGUCCUCUAUGCAGGACAUGUACACAGUGGUCUCCGACGUGAGGAACUACUACAAAUUUGUCCCUUAUGUGAAGCGAUCGCACGUCCACACCGUCGACAGUGAUGGUUUCAAGGCAGACCUCAUUGUUGGCUUUCCCCCACUGAACGAGGCCUACACAUCGAGGGUGACGCUAGAGUCGCCCAGCCUGGUCAAGUCCGAGUGCCAUGAUGGACGUUUGUUCAACUAUGUAUUUGCAUAAUGAAUGGCGUUUCAGUCCGGGCUUU